AGCAGAUAACAGCCACUCCAACAACAAAGAAAACAGCAUUAAAGGUGAAGAGUCCAGGGUUGUAGAAAAACUACUGGAGAAGGCAGAUUCCAGCAUUAGCUCUUUUGAAUAUGAACUGGCAAAAAAAUUUUGUGAGAGAGCCUUGGAAAUGGAUUCAGAAAAUGUGCAAGCCUUAGAAACUUUGUCUGGGGUUUUGUUAGAGUUAGGUGAUUUGGAAGGAGGUCAUAAUGCAUUGUUGAAGUCUGUAGAGCUUUCUCCAGACCAGGGUCAUACAAAAUACCUUUCUCUUGGGCAGUUGAGUGAGGGGCUGCAAGCAUUGGACUAUUAUCAACGAGGGAUUGAUUUGCUUAGUAAGGCUGUUGAAAGAUUGUCUGAAGAUCAAGAAUUGGACCACGAAGCAGUUGCAAAGAUGGACCAGAGUAAUGAAUCUAUUACAUUGAAAAGAGAGCUGUCGAAUGCCUGUUGUGCAAUGGCAGAAAUCUACAUGACAGACUGCUGCUUUGAGGAAGAUGCAGAGAAUAAAUGUCAAACUUUGAUUCAGAAAGGAAUUCUGGCUGAUCCAAAGAAUCCUGAAGCUCUUCAGUGUAUGUCUAACUUCCUUUUAGUCAAGGAGGAAAUAGAGGAAGCCAAAGCUAAAAUGCAAGAAAGUCUCUCUUUGUGGUUACCCAAAUACCAAGCAGUUAGAGAAGGAAGAUUAGAUUCUUCUGACUUUGACCCAGUUGAGGUUUGCCCUCUCAGCUAUGAUGCCAGAAUUAACACUAGCAAACUUCUCAUUGAGUUAGAAUUAUAUGAUGAAGCAGGUGAGGUUCUGGAAGGACUUGUUGAAGAGGAUGAUGAAGUUAUUGAUACCUGGUAUCUUCUUGGCUGGAUGAAUUACCUUCGAGGUCAAGACUACUGGGGAAAUUCCAGAUUUUACUUAAAUAACACAAAAAAGCUGACAGCAAAAUUUGGAGUAGAUAAUCCUCAGAUUUUGCAACAUGCAGAAGAAUUAUUAGAAGAAAUGGGACCAGGAGAAGAUGGUGAAGAUGAAAAUGAGAAUGAAAUUAAUGAGAACAGCAAAGAAGAAGAAGAGUUUGAAUCAAGCUCGGGUGAAGAAAUGGAACACUAGAAUGGAAGAGCUAUUGUAAAAGUGAAAAAUAGGCAGGGGAAAUCCUGAAAAGGACAUUCUUCAUCCACCACUACCCUUAUCUGAUUCUUUGACUGAAUUCAGCUGUCUAAUCCACUACUCUGGAUGUUAUUGUUGGGGUGUGUCCACAUCUUUUGCUGCAUCUCAACCUGCAAGAAACUACAAACAGCAGCAACAGCAUACACCAUAUGAAAUUUCUGACAACAGUGCCAACUACUGUCCCAGCCCACCUCAUCCCCCAAUAGACCCCCACAAAUCAAGGCAACAAAGUGACUGGAUGCCUGGACCCUGUGCAAAUGGAAAGAGUAUUUGAGGAGAAGCUGGGGUGAGUCCAACCAGUCCAGGAUGAUCGGGGAGAUUCACCAGAUUUGUGCUGAGCUCACUAUUAAUGUGUAGUAUAUAAGCAUACCAUACAUUUUUAUAUCCUUGUUUUAAUCUUGUAUUGGUCAUAAUUUGUUGGGUAUUCUGUGUUUGUGCAGUUUUUUUAUAAUAUGUGGUCAAGAAAGUCAUUAGGUGGCUUUUGUUCUAGCUGCCUUUUUUCUUUGCCAUUUUUUUCAGAUAACACUUGGUCUGCCCAUGGAAGGUAUGACUAUAAUGCUACACAUUAUACAAGGGUGUCAACAACAGUGUCCUCCACUGGUAUGUCAGGUGAUGCCUUGUAGUUACAAUCUCUCUUGGGUUUGAAUGAGAAUAAUCAGUCAUGUGGGAAGUACUAGUUAAUCAGCAGUAGUAUGACAUAACAUCUGAAGUAAGUAAUGUGCAAACAGUUUGGUAGAUGAACUUGGCCUAGUCAGUCAGAUAGAACCAAGCAAUUACACACACACACACUGUAUUGUUGUUAAGGUGAAUAAUAAAGGUUGUUUAUUUGUGUUCUACA